AAACAUGCCAAAGGCCAGGAUUUGUUUGAUCAGAUCGUGUACCACUUGGACCUUGUGGAAACAGAUUACUUUGGCCUCCAGUUCCUCGACUCUGCCCAGGUCACGCACUGGCUGGAUCAUUCCAAACCCAUAAAAAAGCAGAUGAAAAUUGGACCUGCAUAUGCUUUGCACUUUCGAGUUAAAUACUAUUCUUCAGAACCAAACAACCUUCGAGAAGAGUUUACAAGGUACCUGUUUGUUUUACAACUCAGGCAUGACAUUCUUUCUGGAAAAUUGAAGUGCCCCUAUGAAACGGCUGUGGAAUUAGCCGCUCUCUGUCUACAAGCAGAGCUUGGGGAGUGCGAGCUUCCAGAACACACACCAGAGCUUGUGUCUGAGUUUCGGUUCAUUCCCAAUCAGACAGAAGCGAUGGAAUAUGAUAUCUUCCAGAGAUGGAAAGAGUGCAGGGGAAAGAGCCCUGCCCAGGCGGAACUGUCCUAUCUGAAUAAAGCGAAGUGGCUGGAAAUGUAUGGGGUAGACAUGCACGUUGUCAGGGGAAGAGAUGGCUGUGAAUAUUCUCUUGGACUGACCCCGACAGGCAUAUUAAUCUUUGAAGGAGCUAACAAAAUAGGCUUAUUCUUUUGGCCUAAAAUUACCAAAAUGGAUUUUAAAAAGAGCAAAUUGACACUCGUGGUGGUUGAAGAUGAUGAUCAGGGACGCGAGCAGGAACACACAUUUGUGUUCCGGUUGGACAGUGCCAGGACCUGCAAGCACCUGUGGAAAUGCGCGGUGGAGCAUCACGCGUUUUUCCGCCUGCGGACGCCGGGGAACAGCAAAUCCAAUAGAUCCGACUUUAUCCGGCUGGGCUCGCGCUUCAGAUUCAGCGGGCGGACGGAAUAUCAAGCUACCCACAGCGCCAGGUUACGAAGAACCAGCACCUUUGAGAGGAAGCCUAGUAAACGAUAUCCGUCCCGGAGACAUUCGACGUUCAAAGCAAGCAACCCGGUGAUAGCAGCUCAGCUCUGCUCUAAAACAAAUCCUGAAGUCCAUAAUUACCAGCCUCAAUAUCAUCCAAACAUCCACCCCAGCCAGCCCCGGUGGUGUCCUCACUCUCCAAACGUCAGCUACCCGCUCCCUUCCCCAGUGCUCAGCAGCUCGGACCGGCUGCCUUUCGGCAUCGAGGAGAACGGGGGCACACCGUUCCCCACCAAGCCUCCGGGAAGGCAUCACCACCAGCACCACCCGAGCUAUGGCCUUUCGCUGACCCUGGAGAACAAAGAGGGGCCUUUGAGGUCCCCAAACUCCAGCAGUAAAUCCCUCGCAAAACUGAAUCCAGGAGCACCUGCCCUGUUCAGUGAAGCCACUGCUCACCUCAAGAAGCUGGAACUGGAAACUGUGAAGGCUGCUGGACCCUGGCCUGCUCUGCACAUCAACAUCAACAAGGCUGAAGAAAAGAAAGUUCCUGAGAAAACUCUUCAGACCCCACUUCUGCCUUCCCCUGUGGCGGAUCACGUGAAGUGUAACAUUUUGAAAGCCCAGUUGGAGAAUGCUUCCCGAGGGAAUGUCCAGGUUGGAAAAGAGGAAUCAACAUUUGUAAAUAUCAAUAAGAAAUCCAGUCUUCAGGACGCUAAUGUAAGAAGUCCUAUUCCUAUACGUGUGGAAACUACCCAACCAGCUGUGGAAAAGCCGGAAAUCAAGCCUCCCCGAGUGAGGAAGUUAACAAGACAGUAUAGUUUUAACCGCAGUGAUGAAGACGACCUUCCUCCAGACCUGGCUGAGGCAGUGGGAGUGACCCCAGCUACAGCCACAAACACUGCAACUGCCGCCACGCAAGUCUCAGUACCACUGGCGUCCCCCAAGGUCCAGAAAGUCUGCUCGCCUCAGAAGUCAGAAGGCAAGGGCCAGCUGUCCCCAGGGGCCAAGAGCCCCUCUGACCGAGGAGGUGCCUUUACCCUGGAACCAGGCGAUCUUCUGAUGGAUUUCACAGAAGCCACUCCUCUG